AUGCUGGGUUCGAGCAUAGAUGCGAACCUACCGGUGAUUGUGGGAGGAGACUUCAAUUGCUGUCUCAAUCAAAGGGAAAAGAAAGGUGGACGUAGAUUUGGUUUUCCUGUGGGUUCGCAGGAAAUGGCGGCUUUCAUGAGCACUAACGACCUUCAUGAUCUGGGGUUCACGGGGCCCAGUUUUACUUGGUCUAAUAAUAAAACCGGCAACAGUAAAAUUUGGGUGCGUCUGGAUAGUAUCCUGUUGAAUUCUUCCGGACUUGACUUGGUCCCUUUGGCUACAGUUAAACACCUGAUUCGCCUAGCAUCAGGCCAUUGUCCAUUGCUGCUGCAGCAGUUUGAGUCGCCCCCUAACAGACCUAGUAAAUGGAUUAGAUUUGAGGACACUUGGCGGACCUACCCGGCCACUUGGAAGCUUGUGUGGAAGACUUGGUCCAAGCCCGAUCAUGGGAUGUCGGCUGAUGAGCUGGGAAUUCUGAAGAAGUCUCUUGAGGACCACUUGGCUGAGCUCCAACUGAUUGAUUGCUCUGAGGUGGGCCUUUAUGCGGAGGAGGAUCUUGAAUUGCGGACGAAGGCUUGCGAAUUAAAUGCUAUGCUGGCUCGGAUGGCGACUUGGUGGAGACAGCGGGCGAAGACCCGAUGGAUUACGGAGGGAGAUUCUAACUCCCGUUUUUUCCACUCUUUUGCCACAGCCAGACGGCGGGGCAACAAAAUUGUGGAAAUCCAGUGCCCCAACGGGGAGCGUAUCUCUGAACCUCCUGACAUUCAAGAUGAGUUCAUGAAUUUUUUCUCUCUUAAGUGGCAGGAACGAUGCAUCUCCUUGGAGGAUUGGCCGAAUCUUCGACAGGAGAACUUGGUUCCUGAUAGCUUAAAGGGGUAG